AAGAAAAUAUUGGUCUAUAUUGGAAUUCUAAGUUUGUCUGGUCAAAAGUAGAAUUCCAAUUUUGUCUAAAAAAAACUGGUCUAUAUUGGAAUUCUAAUUCUGCCUGGUUAAAACUAGAAUUCCAAUUUUGUCUGGUCAAAUUUAGAAUUUGACCCAAUUUCAAUUUUGACCCCAACAUAUAUUUACAUGAUUUUUCUUUUAUCAUAAUAGAAUACAACUGAAUUGAAUAGACAAGAAAUUUAUGCAAUUGAUAUGUAUGGGUAUGGAGUAUUGAUUCGAAAUCUUGUAUCAAUUAUCAAUAUUGAUGAUUCUUUAAAAAGUCUUCUAAAUGAUUUACAAAUAUCACUUACGGAAGAAGAUCCACAAUUACGACCAACAUGGUCAUCACUUCUUCAAACACAAUUAUUUCAAAUUGAUUAUAUUAAAGCAACAGAGCUUCUUGAUCGUUUACCGACUGUUGAAGAUUCAGAACUUCCUACUGUUGUCGAUUCUCUAUCAACAUAUUUGGAUAAUCUUCAUGCAGAAUAUUUUAAUGAAUUAUUAAUUCGACGUUUAUUUGUUCCAUUUAUGUUUUUAUGUUCAUCAACAAGAUUAAAAAUAAUUCCAAGAAUUAUAAUACCGAAAAACGAUGAUACGAAUCAUAAUUCAUGGAUAUCAAUUGAUAAAUAUCGUACAUAUGUUAUACCAAUUCUAGUUGAUUUAUUUUCUUAUCAUGUUACAUGUAUACGAGAAACAUUACUUGAACAUUUUGAUUCAUAUUGGCAAUUAAUAGAUCGAACAAUUCUAAUAAAUACUAUUCUUCCUCAACUUAUUUAUGGACUUAAAGAUUCGAGUAAUUCAAUAUGUGCAUUAACAUUACUUGCAUUAGCAGCAAUGGUACCAAUAUUAGGUGCGGAUAUAGUUGUUGGUGGACAACGAAGACAAAUAUUUAGUGAUAAAUUAAAACGAGAAAAUGUUGUAUUACCAAAAACAGCGAAGGCGGUAUCUAAAUCGAACACACCUGUACCAACACCACCACUUCCACAAAGAACAAAAAAAUCUGUUGAAACAGAAAAGGACAAAACCAAAUCUCUUCGAUUAAAACCUUCUCCACCUCCUCCCGCUCCCGCUCCUCCUCCUCCUAAACCGACAUUAACCAUAGAGAAACCAUCUGUCGUUCCUUCCGUAUACACAAAUGGACAUAAUUCAACAUCAACAGAUUCUCUUGAAGAAUCACCAAAAAUUGUAGUUCAAAAUGGUAUAUCUGAUCAUCAUACAGAUGAUGAAAUUGACAAUGAUGAUGGUCAAUGGUCAGAUUGGGAACAUAAUCCAGAUCCAGUCGAAUCAUUCAAUGAUUAUACACAAGCAUCAUCAACAUUUCCAUUAUCUUCUGAAGUAUCCACUAAACCUGAAACAGUAACUUCACCAGUGAAAUCUCUAAAAUUAAAUCAUACUUUAAAAUCGAAUUGGAAUCCGAAUGCACCACUAGGUAGUGAAUAUGAAAUUCCACCAGUUGUAUUAACCAAAAAGAAAGAAACACAAGAUGAAAAUUUAGUAAAAAAUGAUAUAGAAGAUUUCUUUAAAGAUAUGGCACCAAAAGUCGAAACAGUUGAAUUAAUGAGACAACUUGAAACAAUGUUUAGUGUUGAUGCAAACCAUCCAACAGAACAAACCAAAUCGGCAAUCAAACCAAAAACAACAACAACAACAACAACAACAACAACAUCAGUAUCCAAUAAAUUUGGUAUUAUGUCUCAUGAUCAAGAAGAUAAUCAGGAAACAGAAAAUGAAAAUAAUAAUUGGGAUGAAUAA